AGCACGUCUUUGCCCAUUUCUCUCUGUCUCUGGGGUCUCCUGUGGUGACAGUCUCGACAAGGUCACCUUCAUUUUUUUUUGUUUCUACAUUGACAUUUCUCAUCUUCCACGGCGCGCUUUCGAGAUUUGAAUGCGCUCGCUUUUAUUUUAUGUUAUAGACACACUCAUACACACCAUCUACUCUUGCGUUAUAUAUGCAUUUUUGAUGAUAAUCACAACCCCCCCCCUCCUUUACCUCUGUUAAGUUGACUUGGAUCCCUAACAGCUAUCGCACAAGGCAAUUACGUCAAACGUUUGCUUUCUAAUAAUAAAAAGGAAUAAGUACGCUUCUUUAUUUCAUCAUUUCGAGACCAAAGAAAACGUUUCCUUUUUCCUGUUGACGCGCUCACUAGAGCACUAACUGCCCCGGACAACACCAAAGUGAGAGCUUCCCCAACAGAUAAUGGCGUCGUCUCCUGUUCCAGACUACAGCCGCGACGACAGGCUUGCGGUGGCGGUCUUUGGCUGGUCGCGAACGCAGCCCGACACCCCACAGUGGCAGCAGGCGGAGGACUGCGGCCGCCUCGCCGCCGCAAGCGGCUUCACUGUUUUUACCGGCGGCUACUGCGGUUCCAUGGAGGCUGUCAGCAAAGGCGCGCGUGAGGCCCGGGAUGCGGCCGUGCCCGGUUCCCCGGCGGCCUCAAUGGAGGUGGUGGGCGUGGUGGUCUCCGGUCUCUUUCCUGAUCGUGCCUUGGAGGGCAACAGGUACCUGACCGAAAUGCGCGACUCGACCUCGAUGCUGAACCGUAUUGAGCAGCUCACGACGCACUCGCGCUACUUUCUCAUUUUGCCAGGCACGAUGGGGACACUGCAGGAGCUGGUGACGAUUUGGGUCCAGAAAGUCAUCCACCCGGGCGGGCUGCCCCGCCCCGUCAUCGUCGCCUUCCGCGAUCCUUGGGAGCAGUGCUGCAAGGGCAUCGCGGAGACGCUGAGCAUUCCGCCGGAGCAGCGCACCGCUAUUCAUUUUGUCGACACCCCAGAGGAGGCGAUUGAGUUCAUGCGAAAAGACGCAACGUGCGAGAUCGAUGGAUCGCUGUAA